CCCCCCCUCCGGCGCGCGCGAUGUGGCGACCACGACCGCACGUCCGGACCUGUCCGUCGGAGACACGCGUCUGAGAAGGACAACACCUGACGUCUCUGCAGAGACCACGUGUCUUGCGAUCCUGAGCGAGGACCCUGAACGAGGAUAUAUUCCCCGAUUGCGGCGCAUGGAGGCCGCGGACAUCCUGGAGGCCCUGCAGGCGAGGGCGGCGCUGCUGCCCGGCGGCCGGGACCACGAGGGCCGGCCCCUGGUGGUGGUGCCGGUGCCCACCGACACCCAGCCCUGGAGCCUGCAGCACCUGGAGACCUCGCUGCGCUACUUCGCCGCCAUCUUCAGCCCGGAGACGAAGGGGAACGGGCUGACGGUCGUGGUGGACGCCCAGAGAGGCGCCUGGCGUCUCGCGCGGGCCUGCAUCCGCCAGGUGGGCGCCUCCUUGCGCCGGGACGCCGCCUCCGUGGUCGUGCUGCGGCCCGACGCCUUCUGGGACAAGCAGCGCGUCGACAACUGCGCGCGAGCCCAGCGCGACGGCGAGCCAGUCUACAUCCCCAUCUCGAGGGUCGGCAAGCACGUGGACUGGUCGCAGCUGCCCGAGGACCUGGGAGGCACCUGGUGCUACAACCACAGCCAGUGGAUACAGAACCGCAUAUACCUCGAGUCGUUCGUGAAGGACGCCGAAGUGGCCAUGUUCGAGCUGGAGAAGCUGCGCCAGAGGCUGACCAGCUUCAAGCCAGGGAUGCGCAUCAGCAGCGUCGACGAGACGCUCUCCUUCAACGCGUCCAUGUUCCAAGGCGUCGGCGACCUGACGCGCAAGGUGCUGCAGGCAGGUCAGGACCUGCUGCAGCGGCACGGGGGGGACGGCGGCCGGCGGCCGGGCCGCGAGCCGACCGCCCCGCAGGACGUGCUCGACAGCCUGGACCGCGUGGAGCGCCUGCUGGAGAUCGUGCGCGGCCGGCUGCAGCUGGCGGAGGAGGCCCGCCUCGCGGCGGAGCGCGUCGUGGCGGGCGCCCGUGAGCUCAGCAGCCUCGAGGACGGCGUGGCGCGCGUCACCGACUGGAUCCUGGGGCCCGCCGAGACCAUGCUCAACGGCCAGAGCGAGGUCGGCUUCGACAUCGUGUCCGCGGAGGAGCUGCGGCUGGAGCACGAGGCCCUCGAGUUGCAGUGCCGGGAGACGUACGGGCACUACGCCGAGCUGCUGCACAAGAUCGACACCUUGCCGCAGGCCGACGUCCCGCUGCCCGAGGACCUCAAGUCCCAGCGGGACUUCAUGGACUUCGUGUGCCGCAGCUUCGCCACCCGUCUGGAGCGGCGAAGAAAUGUGCUCAUCACGUCGCUCAGGUUCUACCGGCUGGUGGCCGAGUACUUCGAGAUGACGAGCGAAGUGUUCGAGUCGCUGGUGAAGUCGAACCACGUGGAAACCUUCGAGUCGGCCAGCACCACGCUCAGGAAGCUCCAAGAGAGUCAGAUCAGCAUAGGCCUCCUGGAGCUGGAGGCGGUGCGCGAGGGAGAGAAGCUGGCCGACAUGCUGUGCAUGCCGGUGAAGGACGCGCUCGGCCGCGACGUAGCCGUCAACCACGAGAGCGCCAUCCUCGAGGCGCAGGCGCUGCUGGCGGCCGUGGCGGCGCGCCGCGCGCUCUUCGCCGACAGCGUCUCGCUGCGCCUGCUCACGCUCGAGCAGGUGGCGCACGUGGCGCAGUACGAGCGCGACGCCUCGCAGGCCGUGCAGUGGCUCGACGACCUGUUCAAGGUCAUGCUGCGCGAGCAGGGCCACGUCGGAUGCAGCGUGUUCGAGAUACAGGUGCAGAAGGACGAGCACCAGGCCUUCCAGGAGACCGCCAAGGGCACGUACGAGUACGGCUGCCAGCUGCUGAGCGCGGCGCUGGCGCUGAGACGCUCGUGCAAGCUGCCGGCGGAGUGCAACACGGGCCUGGCCGAGAAGCUGUGGCGCUCCUGGAGCCGCCUGCAGGCCGUGGGGCAGGAGCAGAUGACGAGGCUGCGCGUCUCCGCGGUCUUCCACCGCAGCGUGCAGGAGCACUGCGCGCAGCUGCGCGAGCUGCUGGACGCGGCCCAGGCCAUCGACCAGGGCGAGGACGCCGCUAGCCGGCGCGGCUCGCUGCACCGCUUCCUCACGUCCAGGGAGCGCCUGCUGCUGGAGGUGGGCCGCAUGGUGCGGCUGGGGCGGCUGCUGCGCACGCGCCUGCGCGAGCCCCUCUGCGACGAGCACGAGUCGGGCGACGGAGGCCAGGUGGCGGUGGAGGCCAUCAGCGACCGCCUGGCCGAGGUGACGUCACUGGCCGAGCAGCUGGACGCGGCGCUGUGCGGCCUGCAGCGCGCGGAGGCGCCCGACCACGCCGCCCCCGACAUGCGGCGCAUCCUGGACGGCACCGCCUCCACCGCCCCCGAGGACUGGUACGCCAGCGGCCGGCGCCCCGACGGCGCCCGCUCCGAGGACGAGUUCGUGACGGCGUCCGAGUGCACCUGCACGCCGCCGUCGCGCUCCUCGUCCUUCCACACAGCGUCGCUGUGCGACUCGCUGGAGGCGGACCAUGUCUCCGAGCCCGAGGAGGCGACCCCAGUCGUCAGGACCACCACCGAGGUGAGGACGGGCGUGCUAGUGCACGAGGUGACGGAGACGACGCGGGUGCGGCUGUCGCGCGGGGACUCGUCGGGGACGACCUCGUGCACGGUGACGACGGAGACGCUCCGCUCCGGCCCGGUCCUCGAGGAACGCGAGGUGGUGGUGGUCGCCGCCGCCGAACCCGAGCCGGCUGAAGACGUCGACGAGCGGCGGACCGCCGAGGAGGACGACCACCACGACGACGACGGCGGCGACGGUGGAGGUCAGGACGACCCGGUGCUCGCCAAGAUGGCCGAGAGCCGCGAGUGGCUGCAGCUGAAGGUGCUGGAGGCGGAGCCGGAGCUCGCCAGGCUGGGCGCCAGCCUGCAAGAGGCCCUCGAACUGCAGAGGGCGCAUGACGACGUACUGCUGCAGCUGCAGAGCAAGCAGAGCCCCGUGGAGGAGCUGCUGCGUCAGGCCGACCAGCUCAUCUCGACCCAGAGGCCGCGCGCGGAGGUGUACGCCGCCAUGGCAGACUCGCUGGGGCUGGCCUGGAAGGACGUCAACUCGCACCUGGAGCAGAGGAAGCAAGUCCUCGACCUGAACGUGUCCUACCACAGCCGCGCGGAGGACUGCCACGACCGCAUGCGCGCGCUGGAGGCGGCGUGCCGCGACUCGCUGCCUCCCGCGGACGCCGGCGAGGUGAAGGCGCUGCUGGCCCGGCUGCACGACUGCCGGCGGCUGGCGCUGGAGGCGCUCAUGUCGGCGCUGCAGGAGGGCCGCCUGCUGCUGGACACCUUGAGGGAGCUGGCUAACCGGGGCACGCUCGACUCCCGGCCGGACCGCACCAGGACAUCCUCCGAGUACGCGGUGUCCCAGGCGGAGCACUGGCUGGAGGAGCUGCACGACCGGCGGCGCGCGCUGGACGGCGCCUGGCUCGCGCGAAAGGCUCGCCUCGAGCAGUCGCUGGCGCUGCUGCUGCUGGCGGGAGACCUGCGCCACCUGGAGGACCACCUGGGCGCCGGCCGCGAGGCGCUCGGCCGCACCAGCGACCAGCUGGGCGACUCCAGCGCCAGCGUCGAGCUGCUGCUGCACGAGCACCGCAAGCUGCUGCCCGAGGCCAAGGACAUGCAGGACCGCGCGCUGAAGAUCACCCGGGCCACGGAGCAGCUGGCCUCGUCGGGCCACUUCGCCGUGGAGCAGGCCACGGCCAAGUCCUACAGCGUCCUGAGCGCGUGCGCGGGGUACCUGGACGACAUAGAGCAGCGGGAGGCCCUGCUGACGAGGGCCAUCGCGUUCUUCCGCUCCGCACACACCGCGCUGACGAAACUCGACCAGCUGGAGGUGCAGCUGAGGACCGCCGAGCCGGCCUCGUCGUCGUCACCCCGGAGGGCCGCCCUGCAUGCCCAGGUGGGGACGGCGCUGGAGGACGUCACGGCAUGCGCCCUGCGCGAGGGCCACGCCCUGCUGGACGUCGUCGGCCGCAGCGUCCCGGGCUCCGAGGGCGUGAAGAGGACCGUGGAGGAGAUCGAGGACCGCAAGAUCGCGCUGGGCCAGAUGUGCACUGCCAACCGGGAGGAGAACCUGCGCGUGUCGCAGGCCUUCACCGCGUUCCUGGAGAAGCAGAACGAGCUGUAUUCCUGGCUGGUGAGCAUCGCUGAAGCCUUCCUGCAAGGGCACCAGGACAUGGGCAGCAAUCUGCCGAUGGCCCAGGACUUCUUGGAUCUCCACCAGCAGCUUCUCAGCGACCUGCAGAGAAAGGGGGCGGAGGUGAACUCGCUCCUGCUGACGCUGCCCCCCAUCCUGGAGCACCUGGACGACGAGCGGCGGGAGGACGCGGACCGCAAGGUGGACGCCCUCCACUCGCAGUGGGUCGGCCUCAAGGCCCUGCUGGAGGCGCGGGUGGACCUGGCGGCGACGUACGCGCGCUUCCACGAGCUGGCCGAGCGGCUGGGCGCGCAGUUGGACGCCCUGGAGCGCGAGCUGCAGGGGGCGGGGGAGGACAGCGCGAGGGACGUGGAGCAGGAGUGGCUGGGCAUCGAGGAGUUGUACGACCAGCUGUCCAGCACGGGCAAGACGUUCCUCGCCGAGGCGUCCAAGGUCCGGGACCCGUAUCUGGACGUGAAGCGGGCGUGCCUGUGCGUGGAGACCCUGCUGGGACAGCUGGGCGGCCGGCAGCUGACGGUGCAGCGGUCCUGGCAGACCUGGCAGAGCAGCGUGGUGGUGGAGCGCGAGUUCCAGGAGCUCUGGGAGCGCCACAUGACCGAGAGUCGCACGACGGUGGACUGGGUGUCGAGGCUGGACGCCCAGCUGUACCCGGUCCUCACCGGCAGCUCCUCGGCCUCCAAGGUCAUCGGCAAGGAGCUGGAGGAGAAGUUCAACGCGGUCCUGCCGGAGCUGAGGCGAGCGCAGACGGAGAUCGACAUGAGGAUCAGGACCGCGGAGUCGCUGGCCCUCAGAGGAGAUUGUCACAGUGAAAAAGAACAGAUAGUGGGCAAGCUCACACAACUGCACAGCAAACUGCAAGUUGCCAUGACUGAUUACCAGAUAUUACUGCAGAUGUUGAUUGCCUUCUUCAAGAACUUGGCAGAGCUGGAGAAGACGAUCGAGAACCUCAACUCGCAGUACGUGCUGACGCGCGUGCCGAGCGUGGCCGCAGACGCGGAGCUGCAGCUGAAGGAGCACGAGGCGUCGCGGCAGGCCGUGCUCGAGCUGUUCAAGUUUGCGGGCAGCGAGAGCGAGCAGAUCAUCGCCCGCAUCCACAACCAGGAGCCGGAGGAGGCCGCGGCCCACGACGCGGACCGCGUGCGCGUCCUGCUGCGGGAGAAGCGGGAGGCGUGGGAGGCGGCCUGGGCGGAGCGCAGGCUGCGUCUUGAGCAGCACGGCCAGCUGUGCCGCUUCGACGCCGACCUGCACCAGAUCAACGCGACGCUGGCGGACCUCGGGCGGCAGCUGGAGACCAUCCGCGGCCAGUACGGGGAGUCCCUGGCCGGCGCGCGGGCCACCUCCCAGGCGUUCGUCUACUUCGAGAAGACCAUCGAGCUGCUGGAAGUGCGCAUCCAGGCGUUCGUCAGCAUGGGCGAGCAGCUGCUGUCGACCGACCACGCCUCGGCGCCGCACAUCCGGCAGGAGCUGGCGCAGCUGCAGUCGCGGUGGGCGGCCUUCCACAAGCAGGUGGUCGAGCGGCGGCGCCUGGUGGAUCUCAGCAUCCAGUACUUCACCCUCGUGGAGGAGGCUGAAGAAUGGUUCCGCGAAGGCAGCAAGCUGCUGGUGACCAUCGCGAGGAAGUCCACGUCGGUGCGGACACCGGAGGAGGCCACGCAGUUGCUCGACGAAGUGGAACUCUUCUUGAAGCCCGGCGAAGCGAGACAAGAUGAAAGAAUACGAAAAAUAUCCACUCUGGCGUAUGAGUUGUAUGGUGAAGAACAGUCAAAACAGCUGACUCUCGUGGUGACAGAGAACAGAGAGAUGAUAGACUCGUUCACCAUAAUCAGGAACGAGCUGAGCAUUCUCACUCAGAAUCUGAGAGCAGCUGAGGAGCAGAAGCAAAGACAUCAGAAGGAGCUGGAGGAGGUGGACGCUACGCUGGCGGCCGCCCGGGCGGAGGCUGCCGCGGCCCAGGCAGCCGCGGCGGCUGCCGAGGAGGCUCGGAGGGCGGCAGAGGCGGCGGCCCGGGCCCUGCAGGAGGCCCCGCCCCUCAUCGAGGAGACGGUGCAGAAAGCUGAGGCGAUCCCACUGCCUCCACCAUCAGAACCAGAACCGGAACCAGAUAAGGAACCGGAGAAACCACCGACGCCACCGCCGAAGAAGGCAAAAUACGUGGACGAACAGCCGAAACCAGUGGCUCCGAUAUUCACAUUACCACUCUGCGACGCAGCCGUCUCGGAAGGGGAGAAAGUCACAUUUGAAUGCAGAGUGACUGGUAUUCCGAUGCCGGAAGUUGUUUGGUACAAAGAUGGCAUUUCUAUCCAGAACAACCCUGACUACCAGACCACUUUUGAGCACGGCAUCUGCCAGCUGAAAAUCGAGGAGACGUUCACGGAAGACUCGGCCAAGUUCACGUGCAAGGCCGCAAACGGCGCUGGGACGGCGGAAACCAGCGCCACCUUGGCCGUCAAGGAGGCACAGCCGGAGGAGCAGCUGAGGCCGCCCGUGUUCACGAGGCCUCUGGAGCCCGGCGCGGCGCGCGAGGGCUCCAGCCACCGGCUCGAGUGCCGCGUGGAGGGCGUGCCGCUGCCCGUGGUGCAGUGGUUCAAGGACGACGCCUGCGUCGACAACUGCCCCGACUACCUCAUCACGUACAACAACGGCGACGCGGCGCUGCGCUUCGAGGAGGUGUUCCUGGAGGACCAGGCCGUGUACACCUGCAGGGCCGCCAACCCGCUGGGCGCCGAGUCGUGCAGCGCCCGGCUCACCGUCGAGCCGCUGGAGCCGACAGAGGCGCCAACCUUCACCGUCCCGCUGUCGAACGUGAUGGCUCGCGCCGGGCAGAAGAUCAAGCUGGAGUGUGCCGUGGCAGGUCUGCCACCGCCCGAAGUCACCUGGAGCCAUAACGGCAAGCCCGUGAAGGAGACCAGGGACAUCAAGAUCCAGCGCGACGGCGACAAGGCCACGCUGGUGGUCUCGGAGGCGUUCCCCAAGGACGCCGGGGCGUACGCGGCGUCUGCGAGGAGCGCGGCCGGCGAGGCGACCUGCUCGUGCAGCGUGUCCGUGAAGGGGCGGCUGCCCACGGAGACGUCCGACUCGGAGCUGGCCAGCGACCUGGAGCCGGCCCGGCCGGCCGUCCAGCUGCCCCUCAAGGACGUGUGCGUGUUCGAGGGCAAGCGGGUGCGGCUGGACUGCGUCAUCGUGGGGCAGCCGGAGCCCGAGGUGAUCUGGUACCACGACGACCGACCCGUGAAGGAAUCUGACGACUUCAAGCUGCUGUUCCAAGGGGACAGGUGCUCGCUGAUAAUCGGCGAGGUUUUCUCGGAGGACGCGGGAGAGUACAAGGUGGUGGCCAUCAACUCCGGAGGGGAGGCUUCCAGCCGGUGCAACCUCUCCGUGCAGACGAUCAGCGGGGAUGCGGAGCCGGCGACGCGGCAGCAGGCAUCCAAGGUGGUGGUGGAGCCCGUGGGGACUGCCCCCAAGUUCGGCAGGCUCCUGACGGACGUCCUGGCGUCGGAGGGCGACCAGGUCGUGCUGGAGUGCUGCGUGGAGGGGGAACCGCGGCCCAGCAUCACCUGGCUCCUGAACAACCGGGAGAUUGCCUCCACGGACGGCAUCCAGAUAGCUGAGGACGGCAAAGGGAACGUGAGCCUGACGAUCGUGAAGGCGCAGCCCGGCCACAAAGGGGUGUACACCGUCAGAGCGAGCAACGUCUGCGGUGAAGCGAAGUGCUUCGCCAACCUGAUCGUCAAGUCGUUCGGCCCGGCCGACAUCAAGCGGCCGGAACCCCAGCGACCGGAGAAAGAGACGCCCGCGUUCAAGGAGCUGUUCGCCGACAGGAGUAUCCUGGAGAACCAGUCGACAAAGUUCGAGUGCGUGAUUUCCGGGAAGCCUCAACCGAAGGUGCAAUGGCUGUUCAACGACAAGCCGGUGGCGGGGAAGGAGUUCCUGCAGUCGAGCGUCGGCGACCGGCACGUGCUGACCUUGCAGCGCGCCCAGAAGGAGCACUGCGGCAGAUACGCCUGCGUCGCCGACAACGAGGCGGGGAAGGCCACCUGCGUCGCUUUCCUCUCCGUCAUGGAAGAUUACCCGAAGGACACCAAGCCGGCGCCGGCGCCCCUGAUUGAGCGCAGCACGGUCGCAGCGGAGAAGUCCGAGACGUCCUCGUCGUUCAGCGUGCAGAAGUCGACGAUCGUGCAGUCGUCCAGCAGCCAGCUGACGCAGUCGACCGGGGGCGGGGAGCCCAGGACGCAGGUGCACAGCUUCUCGGCCCGGGCGGACCACCUCCGCGAGGAAGUGGACCGCAAGCCCGUCGUGGAGAUCCGCAGCCAGAAGGUGGAGGAGAGCCACCAGGUGGACCAGCACAAGCCCGUCGAGCACAAGCACUCCUCGCUCUCGAUGACCAGCGGCCGGGAGGAGGCGUCCGACUCCUCCUCCACCCCCGUGUCGUCGCCCCGGCCCGCCAGGAAGUCCGUGGCCCCCAGAUUCGUGUCGCCCCUCAUGGGGAAGAUCGUGGACCAAGGAGCCGACGUGGUGCUCACCGCCAUCGUCGACGGAUUCCCCGCGUGCGAAGUGGCGUGGACGAAGAACGGCCAGCCCCUGGCGCCGAAGGAAGGCUCCGUUGCGAUCAGCUACAAGCUGAACAAGGCCCAGCUCGAGCUGAAAAACGUGAGCGUGAAAGACGGGGGUCGCUACACGUGCACUGCUACCAACCCGGCAGGCUCGGCGUCCAGCACCGCUGACGUGGUGGUCAAGAAGACGGUGUUCCCUCCGGUGUUCGGGCGCCGCCUGCAGGCGCAGAUGGCGAAGGCGGGGGAGCGGGUGGUGAUGGAGGUGGAAGCCACCGGCACGCCAGACCCGACCGUCACGUGGUACAAGGACGACAAGCAGAUCCUGGGGGCGGUGCCGGGCCAGAUGUUCCGCACCAAGAUACAGGGGAACAGCUACUCCCUCAUCAUCGAGAAAGCUUCGCCCGAGUACUCCGGGAAGUACACGGUGAAAGCCACCAACUGCUGCGGCGAGGCGCAGAGCAUCGCCGACUUCCUGGUGCUGGAGCCGGACGCGGACCGCGACGUCCUCUCGCAGACGGUGGUGCAGAACGUGACGCACACGUCGAUGCAGAAACACGAAAAGGAAGAAAAAAAGAGCGUGAAAGUUGAGCAGCAGCCAGCUCCUCCCCAGGUUCAAUCAGCUAAGGCAGCGACACAAAAAGUUUCCACCCCUUCCUCAAUUGCACCCCUUGGCGCACCCAUCAUUUCGGAGUCCCUGCUCGUUGAAGAGAUGGUGAAGAGUGAGAAACACGUGUCCAUCAAGAUGGAUCGCACGCCGUCUCCAGCCACUCAGAAGCCGGCUGCGGCACCCCCAGCAGCUCCCGAGAAGACGGUCGCAGACGUGAAAACUUGGGCACCAAAGGAAACUGAAAUUCCCAUCACGGUAGAAGGGCCCAGCAUACCUGAACAACCAGAACCACAACCACCGCCCAAGGAAACAACAGAGGAUGCUGAAACAACCGGAAUAGAUACAGACUCCAUCCCCAAACAAAGCGCUCUGGACUUCUUUAAAGGAAAACUCAAGGAUGCCAAAGAUGAUUCAAAGUCAAAGCAAACCGAAGAAGAAAUCAGUCUCGUGGACACUGGUGCAUCGACGACAGUCACUGAUAUUAAGAGUCAGUUUGAGAUCAUAAGUACAAAGGAGGAAAGAAUUUCGAAAGAAGUUCCUUCGAAACCAGCAGGUGAUGACAAACCAUUACCAAAAUCACAAGCUGUUCCUAUUUCACAGUUUCUUCCCAAACAGUUUGGUUCUGUUGUGGACAAACACCCUCAGAUAAGCUCAUCCAUGAAAUCAGAGUUUCAUACAGAAAGCUCAAGUUUUGAGUCUCGUACAUCUCAGACGUUCACUCACCACUCUGCAUCACAAUCUAUGGAAGAAUUCAACCUGUUGCCCGAACCUCCACCCGAAAUUUGUUUCACACCCAAAACUGAAGUACAUGAAAAACCAAAGUUGGACAUGCCCAGCAGGGCAAAAAUACUAGAGGAUUCACAGAGAAUUCUUUCUCCUGUAGAAAUACCUUCUGGAGCAAUCAAGAUAUUUCCUUCACCUGCUAAGACAGAGACCCAGGCAGCAAAACCAAUGGAAACGAAAAUUACACCAUCCCAGAAACAACCACCCACAAAAAAGCCAGAAAGUCCAGUUCCUGUUAGAGUACCACCACAAGUUUCCACAGAAAAAGAAGUAUUCAGGAAAGAAGUUGUGGAAGAAGUACAAGUUGAAAAGAAAAUCCAUGCAACAGGCAGUGAUGACUGGUCUUACAGACCGACCCCUCAUAUCACUGUUCCGAAACAUCCGGCAGAGACCAAACCAUUAGUGCCACCUGUGGAGACCAAACCAUGGACACUACCUGUGGAGACAAAACCAUGGAAACCAACUGUGGAGACCAAAACAUGGACACCACCUGUAGAGAUAAAACCAUGGACACCACCAGUAUCUGCUGCAAAACCUCAUCCACCACCACAGGUGACACCAACUCCACCAGCACCAAAACCAUGUGACCAGUUACCAGUGGAGCCGCCAUGGUCGACAACUCUUGACUCUCAGAAAUUCUCUUCAUCCACCACCAAAACGUCAAUAUCAGAAUCGAGCACCUCAGCAUUUUCGACCGUACACCCGGCACAGCUGAAGAGAGCAGCUUCUCCCAGGCCUUCAGCCGAAGGCGUCGCGAUGGAGAAACUGUGGACCCCACACAAGCCUUCAGAGCCUGAGCCGCUCAUCCCCCGGCCCGUAUCUGCCGGGCCUCAGAGAGCCGCUUCGCCCAAGCCAUCCAUGGAGGGUCUGGCGAUGGACAAGCUGUGGGCCCACAAGCAUCCCGACUCUGCACUGAAGAGAGCCUGGCCUCCUCCGCAGCCCGUGGAGGAGAAACCAGUCGUGCCUUGGGCAGCGAGGGUGGAGCCAGACAAGGUGUGGCCGCCUCAGGAGAAGGACGCAGAACCAGCCUCCACGACCACUCAGAUCAUAAAAGAAACCGAAGACGUGUCACGGAAACACACUGUCUUUUCGACCGAAACCAUAAAACAACCGCAGCAGGAUGUCAAACAUUAUAUUGCCGAGGCUAAAUAUCAACAGUCAUCAUUAUUGAUGAAUGACCAGUUCCAGCCUGCAGAAACUUUUAAGACGUUUACGGAGACUCGGGAAACCACUUCAAAACAUUCAGAGGAAAUACUUAGUGAAUUUCAUUCCAUCCAACAAACAUCCCAAACUAAAGAAUCUUCACCACCUGUAAUAGAAGAACGAGUUUUGAAACCUUCAGAAACAAAGAAAUUUUGGCCUCCAGGAGGUAAAAUUGAUUCCGAGUUGAAAGCCCCGAUACGUCCAAAAGAAAGCACUCCCAAACGACAGCCCUUUCCAAAGCCAGUUAUACCUGCACCAAGUGUGAAUGGUGACAUUCAGUUGGAGCCGGAGCCACCACCACAAAUGGGAUACGCACCUCCUCCCUUAGAACGGAGGCAGUCUUAUGUGGAAGCCAUCGAACAAGAUCUGGAGAGGGGCUUGGAUAAGGAGCCAAGCAAACAUCUUGUUGGUGCUGUGAGAACGAUACCUCCACCACCUCAGAGGGAAAAAUCUCUAACUCCAGGUCCACCCACACCGCAGAGAGAGAGGUCUCUGCCUCCGCCGUUGCCUCCAAAGGAAAAGGCACCACCCCCUCAAGUUUUUCCUGCGAAACCAGCACCCAAAGUAAAAACAAAACCAUUGGUUGAAUCCAAGCCUUUUGAAACUUUCCCCAAGCUUGAGCCAUUUCCAUAUCAACCAGAACCAUCAAGACCGAAACCCUCAAAGUGCCCUCCACCACCUAAACCUUCAAAAUUCAUUAAAGGUGAAUUUGCCAGCAGUGACUACGAAAGCGACAUGGAGAUGGUUCACAUAAAGCCUAAGUGGAGGCCAUACGAAAGUGACACGGAGGAUUUCACGUACAAGAGAGUUUUGCCGCCAGCGGCUACCCCACAACCAAAGAGACCCAAAUCAACUGAGCCAGAGCCCCCACCACCGUCCAAGUUCGACCUUCCUCCCCAGUUUGACGGCCCGCCGCGACCAAAGAGUGACGUGUUCCACACCACCAGAUCUGAAGUCACGCACCUCACUUCCAAAACGGAGGUUAAAAGCGAGAAAGUUAAAACCAAGAAGAGGCAUUCGCCGCCACCGAUGAAGCCUGGCUCUCCGCCACAGAUACUCCAUACCGCGACCCCCGAAGAGAAGCAGCCGACCUCUCCGGUCAAGGCCAAGCCGGACUCGCCAAAGUCCAAGCAGAAGACCUUCCGCAUGCCCCAGCAGGACAGCGGCUACAUGGCGGACACGGACGAGCCCAGGACGCUGCGCAUGAGCCACCACAAGUCGACCGUGAGGCACGAGGAGACCCGGACGUGCGUGGAGCAGACGACGUCAUUCAGCGAGAAGUUCACCCACCAGAGCUCGGAGCAGGAGCAGCAGAAAACUGCCGUGCAAGACACUGCUCCCCCGGCCAGGGCACAGCCCUCCUUCAGAGCCCAUCACCGACACGUGGAGCACAAGGCGGCUGUGCCCGCGCCGGUGAAACCCAAGAAGGAAAUGAUAACAUCUAGCAUUGUGAGGGAUGAAGCAGUAGUGUCUGCACAGUCUAUUCAAGAUGAACGAGCUUCUAGUCUUGAACCGUUUCCAUUCACGACGGAGCCUGUCCGACCAAUCGCAAAACGUUCCUUGGGACCGCCUCCGCCUAGUCCAUCGAAAUUCGUGAAGGGAGAGUUUCGCGAGAGCGAUUACGAGAGUGACUAUGAAGGUCGCAUACCAGCCUUGUGGCGCCCGAUUGACUCGGAUGUAGACGAACCGAGCUACCGCCCUGUGCGUGCAGUUUUACAGCCCGGCCAGAGACGCUCUUACUCUGCCAUGGAAAUACAGUCGCCGGCACCACCAACAGAGUUCGACACUCCCCCACAGUUCAGCGGUCCUCCGAGGCCAAAAUUCGAACCUAUCGACAAGCCAGCCGUCGUGAAGCGUGAAAAAAAGCCAGAGCGAGUGCAAGCCACAGUUAAACCCAAACCCAUUGCGCCCAAGGCGCCGCCGAUGGAAGUGAUCGUGGCAACCCCGGCUGUGAAAAAAGAACCCUACGUAACCUUGAGGCCUGAGUCACCGCCCGAGAUUGGGUUUGCGCCUCCACCAAAGACCACCUAUACCGCUCGCACAAAAGUUUCAAACUUUCCCAACGCCACCCAGACGGAAACAUCGAAAGUCAUGAAAUUUGCCGAAUCUACAGAGCACACCCACAGGGUCAUGAGUGUCCAGCAGACGAUGAAGGUGAUCAAAUUUGGCGAGAAAGAGAACGAAGCUCCUCCGCUCGAACCGUUCCCAUUCAAGCCCGAGCAGGCGAAACCGGUCAGAAGGUACAGCGGUCCCCCUCCCACGACGCCCAAGAAGUUUGUACCGGGUGAAUUCAAGGAGAGCGACUACGAAAGCGACUACGAAAGCAUGCGCUUCAAACCGAAAUGGGUCCCGGGAGGCAGCGACUCGGAGGAGCCUCAGUACCGGAAAGUGAGAGCUCCUCUGCUGACCAGGUCUUCGAGCGUCCCCAUGAAACCCUCGGCCAAGGUCCCUGCGCCCGUGGACUUUGAGUCGCAGGUGCCUCACAUCAGCACGCCUGAGCUCUCCAAGGCCGGGCCUGUGGCCCUGGAGCAGGACGCGGAGCAGAAGAGACUGCGUCGGGUCGAGGAGAUGAGGAAGAGAUUCAGCGAGACCACCAGCCAGAGUAAAACGUCGCAGCGGCAAGCAACAAAUCUAAUCAUCGAACCUGGCGAGCCUCCAGAGAUUGGGUUUAUGGGCGGUCGUAUUCCUACUGCCACAUCAUAUGCAGCAUCUAAACAUAUCAACGAAAUGACGAGCACAUUCAAAUCGAAAGCGCAGCAGUUUGUGGAUGACAUCAUAAGUGAUGUACAAUCCUCAAAACAAGUUUCUAAGCCAGAGAAACCUAUUUUGAAACCUGCACCGAAGCAAGAAGUUCCACAGAUCAAAACCGGAGAUGAACCUCAAGCUUACAGGGAAGAAACGAGAGUUUCUGAACAUGGCACAAAGCACAUAGACCCAGACACAGGUCUCAUUUACUUCAAGUACGAUUUUGGCUACGAAUUUGGGAUCGUCCUUCCCGGAGAAGGUAAGACGAAAGACGACAACGCGUCCGCCAAGCGCCCGCGGAUAGACAAGAAGAGCGAAGACGCCGUGGACUUCCCGGUGAUCCACGAGAAGUCGGGGGGCAAGACGCAGCCCGCGAAAGGGGAUCCCGCAAUGGGGGACAAGGCCCCGUUGUUCCGGCCGAAGAAGUUCACGCACUCGAAGGCCGUGAAGUGGGAGCCGGUGUCGGAGAGCGAGAUGUCGGAGGCGGAAGGAGACGGGGCGGCCCACAAGAAGCGGUACAGCCUGCCGCAGCCCCCUCACAUCUCCAUCCCGGGCGCGUCGCGCUGGGACCAGUCGACCCCCAGCCCCGUGUCGCUGUCCCCCAGCCUGCCCAGCCUGUCGCCCCGACACCCAGGCGUCGGCCCCGCUGGGCCGGACCCGGCAGUUUCUCCCGGGGGGUCGUGGCAAGCAGCGACCCCGACCAAGGUGGCAGGGAGGGGGCGUGCCGGCACCCCCACUCCCCCCAGUACCCCUAGCACGCCUGGGAGCCUGACCGGCCAGCCGCACAAGCCGCCUUCUUUCAUAACGCCUCUGCGAGACAUAGCAGUCGUGAGUGGACAGACAGCCAGAUUCGAGUGCAUUGUUCAAGCUGAGCCUCAGCCAAACAUCCUCUGGUCAAAGAAUGGAAGAAUCAUAGAGAACUCGGAAGACUACCAGAUACACUACAGGAACGGAGUGUGCAGACUGACUAUACCACAAGCAUAUCCUGAGGAUGCUGGCAAUUACACAUGCACGGCAACAAACAUGUUUGGUACGAUCGGGACGUCCUCAUCGUUGCAAGUGCCAGGUGUUCCUUCCCACAUGUAUGGUACCUACCGCCAACAGACAGACAGUAUUACCUCCAUCAUCAAUGACAUUGCUGAGAUUAACAACUUGAGUGAGUACACGACAAAUCAGAUUUAAUCCUAUACAAGCUUCUCAUGUCUCUUGGUCUAGUGGCUAGCGUAUCUGGCUGUUGGGCCAAGGGGCCUGGG